CACCGCCCGUCGCGGCGCUUGAAUUCGGUACGUGACUCGCGAGUGCGGCACUCAGCAUUCGGCUAGAGAGGCGCGUACGCAGCCGACGCGCAAUAUGAGCAGUGGCAAGAGGAAGCUUUCGUUCCUAGGGUUCGCCCCGCAGGUGGGAGCAGGCGAAGACGAAGUGCGGCUGGACGAAGAGAUGCAGCGCGUGGUAUGGGGUGAAGACGAGCAGCGGCUGCCCAGCAAUACGGGCGAGCCGCGCCGCGACCACGCCGCCCCGCCACCCCAACAUCCCUCUCAUCCGCCGCCACCCUACAGCGCCGACAACGCCGGCUCUCCAGAGCGGUCCCUGGGGACCGCAAGCGGAGCUCCCGUCAGUGCCGGCUCGGAGCGGCAGAUGUCGGGCGGCUGGUCGCGCUCGGUCUCCGGUCCGGGCUCGGGCUCCGGGAGCCCAGCGUCGCGCGUGCUGUUCGGCGCGGAGCGCGAUGAGCGUACCGACGACGCGCUGGGUCGUCCGGACGACGCUGACGGCGCAGACAGCGAGAGACACGCGCAGAGACAUGAACGCCACUUGCACCCGCAUAAGUCUCGCAAGUACUCAUUACAAGAAGGCGGACCCGCCCCGGGAGGCGUCGACCCUGGCGGCGAGCGCAGGGUGUCCAUCUCGCCGGGCGACGAGCCGCUGCCGGAGGCCGACCAGGACGAUCUGAACAGCCACCGCAGCGAUGAUCCGCGAGCUCUCCGCAGGCACAAAAUCCAACAGAAUAAGGGCUCCACGGUGCAUGUCGGGCGCAAAGAUGGCGGCGAUAAAGUGCAGAACUUAUUAUCGGACUCAACAUACAAGAAAAUAUAUGACCAUAACCCACAUUCGGUGUUCGUCCAACUGGACGAGUUACUGGAGACCGACCAGGGCGACGCCGAGUGGAAGGAGACGGCGCGUUGGAUCAAGUACGAGGAGGACGUGGAGGAGGGGUCCGCGAGGUGGGGCCGCCCUCACGUCGCCAGCCUCUCCUUCCACUCGUUGCUGAACUUGCGGCGAUGCCUUGAGACCGGUGUCGUGCUCCUCGAUCUCAAUGAGAAGGACCUGCCAGGCGUUGCUUACAGGGUAGUGGAGAGCAUGGUGUCGGAAGGGCUGAUCGAGGAGGACGACAAGCCGGUGGUAAUGCGCUCGCUGCUGCUGCGUCAUAGACAUGUACAUGAUGACCGCUCCGGCUUCCGCUUCUCUAUCACCGGUCGCAAGCAUUCUUCUUAUACCAGUCUGCAGUCGCUGUGGCUGGAAGAAGGCGGCGCUGGGCCGGGCGCGGGCCGCCCGCGCUGCUCCAUGUGUUCGGCCACAUCCGCCUGCCGUCGCCACAGCGCGCACCUCCUCAACUUGGCGGAUCAGCGACGGCGGCGCAGCUCGUAUGCGCUACCUGCGGCAGCUCUUCAAAAGAAAACGUCUACCGGUGGUGUGGAUCUGCGCGAAGUGGAGUACCUAACAGCGGUGGCUUUAGCUGACGGUUCGCAGGACGAACUGCGCCGACCUACUGAUCCUAUCAUGAAACGCAUUCCGGAAGAUGCUGAAGCUACCACGGUCCUCGUCGGCGCUGUCGGUUUCCUAGACCAACCUACUAUUGCAUUCGUGCGGCUCGCCCAAGGCAUCCUCAUGCCGUCGAUUACGGAGGUACCGAUUCCGGUGAGAUUUAUGUUCAUUCUGCUGGGACCGAGCGGUGCUGAUCUCGACUAUCACGAGGUAGGCCGGUCUAUAUCGACACUCAUGUCGAAUCCGACGUUCCAUUCGAUCGCAUAUAGAGCUGAAGACAGAAAAGAUUUGCUGUCCGCUAUCAACGAAUUUUUGGAUGACUCGAUAGUGUUACCCCCUGGUGACUGGGAGAGGCAGGCGUUGUUGCCCAUAGACGAACUGAAGGCAAAGAGUGAAAUGAUACGACGACGCAAACAGAAUGCUUUAGACAAGAGGCGUGCUGCUUCGGAGGCGGUGACACCCGCAUCCGAUGAGAAAAAAGCUCUGCUGGAAGCCGAAAAGGGCUCUCCGCCUGAGGAACCAGAUGAUCCUCUUUCGAGAACGGGUCGUCUGUUCGGAGGUGUCAUACGUGAUAUCAAGCGUCGCUACCCGUAUUACAAAUCGGACUUUAUAGACGCGUUGAACGGCCAGUGCGCGGCUGCUACUAUUUUCAUGUAUUUCGCUGCACUGUCAUCGGCUAUCACUUUCGGCGGAUUGCUCGCUGACAAAACUUACGGAGCUAUUGGAAUAUCGGAGACGUUGGUGUUCACUUGCGUGGGUGGCGUAGUGUUUGCGCUGCUAUCCGGGCAGCCGAUGAUGAUCACGGGCGCGACUGGACCUUUGCUACUGCUCGACGAGUCACUAGCCAACUUCUGUCAUUCCUAUGGCUUCGACUUCCUCGCCGCGCGCACCUACUGCGGUCUCUGGAUGAUAGCUAUCGCGCUCGGCGUAGCAUCGGUCGAAGGCAGUGUGGCUGUCAAAAAGAUUACCAGAUUCACAGAAGACAUUUUCGCUUUUCUCAUCUCGCUGAUCUUCAUCUCGGAACCAAUUACGAGCACGAUCAACGUGUACCGCUCACACCCGCUCGGGAUUGAUUACUGUCAAUUCAACGACUCCUCCGUGACUUCCACCACAACGGCCGCGCCAGAUCUAUCCAUAAACGGGACUGUAAUAGGGACCAAUGCCACGGCGCUGCCGUCCCCCGCUCCAGCGCAACCGAUGCCGCCGCAGCCGAACACCGCCCUCUGGUGCACCAUGCUCACACUCAGCACCUUCAUCAUCGCUUACUACCUACGUAUCUUCCGCAAUGGAAAGUUCCUUGGACGCAGCGCUCGACGCGCACUCGGCGACUUCGGCGUGCCCAUCGCGAUAGUGCUGAUGGUGGGCGUAUCGUGCCUGGUGCCCGUUUGGACCGAGACGCUACGUGUGCCAGCUGGCCUGAGCCCCACACUGGCGCGCUCGUGGCUCGUGCCGCUCAACUCCGGCUUCGAAACCAUCCCGCCAUGGGCUGCGCUCGCCAUGGUGCUGCCCGCUCUCAUGGUCUACAUCAUCGUCUUCAUGGAGACGCACAUCGCCGAGUUGAUCGUGGACAAGCCAGAGCGUGGCUUGAAGAAGGGCAGCGGAUUCCACAUGGACAUCGUGAUAAUGUCGCUGGUGAACGCGCUGUGCGGCGCUUUUGGUGCGCCGUGGCAGUGCGUAGCAACGGUGCGCUCGGUGAGCCACGUGUCCGCUCUCACCGUUAUGUCUACCACGCAUGCGCCCGGUGACAAGCCGCACAUCGUAGAAGUCAAAGAGCAACGUCUGACUGGGCUGCUGGUGUCGAUACUUGUCGGAGUAUCGGUGCUGGCGUCGAGCUGGCUGCGACUGGUGCCGAUGGCUGUACUCUUCGGCGUGUUCCUCUACAUGGGCAUCUCAGCCCUCGGCGGCAUUCAGUUCUGGGAUCGAUGCAUCCUGCUGUUCAAACCAGUCAAGCACCACCCGCAGGUGCCCUACGUUAGAAGGGUGCCGACUAUGAGGAUGCACCUCUUCACGAUAAUCCAGGCUGCCGGCCUGUGCGUGCUGUACGCCGUUAAAUCGUCGCGUCUGUCGCUCGCGCUGCCCUUCUUCUUGGUCAUGAUGGUGCCGCUGCGUCUCUCGCUGGCUUACAUAUUCACCCCGCUACAGCUGCGAGCGCUGGACGGUGCUCAGAAAGAGAUAGACAUGGACGACGAGCCUGAUUUCUACCAGGAGGCGCCGCUCCCUGGCUAGACGGUACCAGAGACCGGAGCUGCGGUGGUGUGAUCGCGCAUCUGGUGACUCCGUGCCGCGACGCACCGCGCCGCGCCGCAUCGUAUCAAACCGUGCCGCCUCGGAGUAUAAACGAAUACAAUACAACAACAUACAUUCGUACUCCCGCAUGCCGCUCGCAAACAUGACUUGUUUUAAAUAAUUGUAUAUAUGAUCGUCAGAUCAGUCUCGUAUAGCAGCCACUCUCCCGUUCGGCCGAUUGCCGGCGGAGAAGCCGCGUCAUUUCUCGCUGGCAGCAGUGAUGAUCCUCAUCGAAGAAAUGUUAUCAGUAGAUAGUAAUCGUUCGUCGUAUUACGUACUCAUAGUUGGUACACUUUAAUAAGGCGUAGGUGGCAUACCAUUGUAGGUAUUCCAAUAUUUAGAACAACAACACUGAUUAGCGCAAAACGACAGAGGACCCCUA